AUGUCAGCUGUCAAUGAUACCAAAGUCCAGUUUUCUGUGUUCCUUCUCACCGGGAUACCUGGGCAUGAAGACAUCCAUCUCUGGAUCGCUAUCCCCUUCUGCAUCAUGUAUGUCAUUUCGCUAGUAGGCAAUUCCUUCCUUCUGUUCAUUAUAAAAACAGACCCAAGCCUCCAUGAGCCCAUGUACAUUUUCCUUUCCAUGUUGGCCCUCACAGACCUUGGUUUAUCAAUAUCCACCAUGCCAACGAUACUGGGCAUAUUCUUGUUUAACUCUAAGGAGAUCAGCCUAGAUGCCUGUUUUGCUCAGCUGUUCUUCAUCCACUUGCUUCAAGGUAUUGAAUCCUCCACGCUCCUGUUGAUGGCCUUUGACCGCUUCAUCGCAAUCUGUAAGCCAUUGAGAUACGCUUCCAUCUUAACUCUGCCGAGAGUAGCCAAGAUGGGGCUAGUGUUCAUGCUAAGAGGGGUGGCUGUAGUAUACCCACUGCCAUUUCUCCUGAAACGGUUCCAAUACUGUUACUCCAAUGUCCUCUCCCACUCCUACUGCCUGCACCAGGAAGUUAUGAAGUUGGCCUGUGCGGACAUCACAGUCAACAAUAUCUAUGGCCUGUCUACUGCACUUUUAACAAUGGGUUUGGAUUCACUACUGAUCUUCCUCUCCUAUGUGAUGAUCCUCAAAACAGUGCUGAGCAUUGCAUUGUCUCGCACAGAGAGCCUCAAAGCCCUGAACACCUGUGUCUCCCACCUAUGUGCCGUUCUGCUCUUCUACGUACCAGAGAUUGGCCUGUCUUCGAUCCACAGAUUUGGGAACAGCUCUUCUCACUUGUUUCAGUUUGUCCUGGGCUACUUUUACCUGCUGGUCCCACCCCUACUGAACCCAAUCGUGUACAGCGUGAAAAGCAAACACCUUCGUGUGAGGAUCAUGAGGGUGUUCAUCAAGUGA